UCGCGCCGGGACGGGCGGCCAGAGCAGCCAAGAUGGCCGACUUCGAAGAUCGGGUGUCGGAUGAGGAGAAGGUACGUAUAGCUGCAAAAUUCAUUACUCAUGCACCCCCAGGAGAAUUUAACGAAGUGUUCAAUGAUGUCCGGCUACUACUUAAUAAUGACAAUCUCCUCAGGGAAGGGGCAGCGCAUGCAUUUGCCCAAUAUAACAUGGAUCAGUUCACGCCUGUGAAGAUAGAAGGAUAUGAAGAUCAGGUUUUAAUUACAGAACAUGGUGACCUGGGCAAUAGCAGAUUUUUAGAUCCAAGAAACAAGAUUUCCUUUAAGUUUGAUCACUUACGGAAAGAAGCCAGUGACCCCCAGCCUGAGGACGUAGAUGGUAGUCUGAAGUUGUGGAGAGAAUCCUGUGACAGUGCUUUAAGGACCUAUGUGAAAGAUCACUAUUCCAACGGCUUCUGUACUGUUUAUGCUAAAACUAUAGAUGGGCAACAGACCAUUAUUGCAUGCAUUGAAAGCCACCAGUUUCAGCCUAAAAAUUUCUGGAAUGGUCGUUGGAGAUCAGAGUGGAAGUUCACCAUCGCCCCACCUACAGCUCAAGUGGUGGGAGUACUUAAAAUACAGGUUCACUAUUAUGAAGAUGGGAAUGUUCAGUUAGUUAGUCAUAAAGAUGUACAAGAUUCAGUUACUGUUUCGAAUGAAGUCCAAACUGCCAAGGAAUUUAUUAAAAUCAUAGAGCAUGCAGAAAAUGAGUAUCAGACAGCAAUUAGUGAGAACUACCAAACAAUGUCAGAUACCACGUUCAAGGCCUUGCGCAGGCAGCUUCCUGUCACCCGAACCAAGAUCGACUGGAACAAGAUCCUCAGCUACAAGAUUGGGAAGGAAAUGCAGAAUGCUUAAAAGGCUGAAUGCAGGGCUCUUCAUUAUAUGGAAAGAAAGGAUUCAACAUGUGAUCAUUCGAUAUAUAAGUGAUUUAUAAACAAGAGUGAUAUUUUGCUAGGGCUUUCAAAGUUAACAGGUUUUCUAGUCUCAAGGAGUACUGUUGAACCUAUAGAGCAUUGUCUUUAUUUCUUUUGUGUUCUUUUUGCCUUGUAAUUUUCUUUUUCAUUAUAUCUACUUGUAAUUUUUUUUUAAUUUUGCCACAUUUAAUGAUGGAAACAUUGAUCUAUCCUGGAGUCAUUCUAUUUAGGAAAUUUUCCUAUCCAUAAAGUCCUAUUACUGAUGUAGACAGGUCAUUUGGUCAGUACUUUUCUACCUUUAUUCUUCAGAGCACUUCUGGUACUUCAGUGGUCUUUACUGACCCACCAGCAGCUGGGAGCUAUGCAACCAACUAUGGCUGAAUGGAAGACGUUUCCCCCUGACUGCUUUGAUCAUUUAUAACAUCUCAACUGUAGCUUUCAAAAGUUUGGAUUAGGGCUUUUUAAGUCCUUUUGGGGUGGGGCGAAGGAAGUUUCUGUACAUUCCAUAAUAACCAGCUUCUCUGAGAAAUUUGUUUUUAAAUCCAAAGACUUGAGCCAUAUUCCCCUGCCCAUAAAUGUGUUUGCUUUUUUUUCCUUACCUUGUCUUCUUCCCUCUAGUACUAUUAUAAUUAUAGACAUCUGCAUUUACAGAAGAGUUUUUAAUCCAUUUUUUAAUAUUCAAGAACUCUGACAUACUAGGGAUGUAGUAGAGUAUAAAACUUGAAAAAUGCAGAUGUUGAAGGAAAAGUAGAUAUUGAUAUUUUGUGCUUUAAAAUAUUGGCAGGAUUGUAUAAGCAAGUGAAUCAAACACAAACAAAAACUGAAAAUGAACCAAAGUGGAAAGGGUAACUUCCAGGCAGUAUCUUUCUAUUGUAACCAAUUAUUUCAGGGAAUAUUGGUGAUCUGUUUUAAAUAGGUUGUAAAACUUGUUCUAAAUUACUCUUCCUCAGUCCUGCCUGCCAAAUGUAACUGUGAUGUAGCAGCCCUUCAGUGGCAGGGUUUGUAUAAUCUCAGAAUGCACAGGUGACCUAGAUGUGAUAUGACAGCUGGUAAUGGUGGACUCAUUUACAUUGUUUACACUUCUAUGACCAGGCCUUAAGGAAGGUCAGUUUUUUCAAAACCAAGUAGUGUCUUCCUUUCUCCAAAUACAUGUCCAAAAAAAGAGUGUUCGUGCUUCAGCUUUUUUUUUUUUUUUUGCUGAGUAAUACAUUCAAGCAAGAGUUCAUUUCUGAGUGACCCACUGAGCUGUAUAAGCAUUUUUAUUUCAAAUAAACUAUAUUUGUAUUAUUUGUCAUUCAUACUAUCCAUUCUUACCACACUAUCCUCUGUAUCAGGUAGUCCAUUAGAAAUAUACCUGUUUUGUUCUUAAA